UAAUACAUACGGUCUUCUCUCCCUUCCAAAUCUGAAAAAACCUUCCCCCUUCUUCAGCGACAAUGACCGACUCUGACGCCGGUACCGCUAGCACUGAGCCUACGCCGGAACAGGACUUGGCCCCCGUGGAAUCGAAGCCACAUCAACAAGAACCCGAGAAGCUUGGCAGCAGCGGUAUUUCGCUGAGUAUUUGGCCACCGACUCAACGCACACGAGAUGCCGUCAUCUCCCGUCUAAUAGAGACCUUAUCUACUCCUUCUGCUCUCUCCAAGCGCUACGGUUCGAUCCCUCACGAUGAGGCUGAGACCGCUGCCCGCCGAAUUGAAGACGAGGCCUUCGUCGUGGCUAGCAAGGCUACUUCAGCCGAGGAGGACGGCCUUGAGAUCCUUCAGCUCUAUUCCAAGGAGAUCAGCAGGCGCAUGCUAGAAACUGUCAAGGCUCGGCCCAGGUCGGACUCUGCUGUGGAUAAUGGUGUUUCGGGGACGCUGAAUGCUGAAGUCGCAUCGACGGAGGCGGCCAGUGAGGAAAUUUCUGAUUCUGUUGGGACUGAGGCCUGAUCUUAUUAGGGUUUUUAACUUCAUAUUGGUAUGUUUUAGGAUUUUUUUUCCAUGUUUAUUAUAAUGAGUACUGUUUGUACUAAAUUAUGGGUUUCUCUGAUGAUUAUAUGAUAAUAAUUUUGUAAAAUUAUUAUCUAGGGUUUGUUUCUAAUUUCUGAGUCUUAUAUUAUUGCACGGAAUUGUUUUAAUAUUUGUUUUGUCUACCAUGUCUAUUUGACAAUAUUAUAUUUGUGAAUAUUGUUUUGGGAUUUAUAA